GACGAUGGGCCGUGCAUCCCGGGACUCUCAGCUAUGGCGAGUGUAUUGUGAGCAGCCGGCUAUCUUUUCGAUAGAGGGAAGGGAGCGUUCCUCGCGCGCGGCUAGGGUUCCUCUUUGUCAUGCCGCGGCUGGAAUGCAUGUAGGCGCCGCGGUGUGAGCGCGCGGGAUUAAUGCAGGUUCUCACUCCUCGAUCCUCGAGAAAUUUUCUUUCUUCUUCCUCCUACUUGUGCGCCGCCCGCCUGAUCUCGGCCUGCAUUGGAUUUCUGGCGAUCGGCUCGUGAGCGCUGCGGGUGAUUUGGUCGAUCGUCGCCGAAAUAUCGCUCCUGGGAUGCCUUUGGCAAGGUACGAGCUCCAGAGCGAGUACCGUUUUGCGAAUCCCGAGCUGUACAAGGCCGUCCCCAAGAACGAUGCUGAGGCGCUGUUCGAGAGCAUCACAAUGGCGGCACUGGCUGGGAUCGUGCGACAGCUUGGAGAAGUGGCAGAGCUCGCCGCGGAGAUUUUCAACGACUUGCAUCAAGAGGUCGUGGCGUUAUCCUCGAGAGGGAAACAAAUCGCUCGGCGAGUGGAAAGGCUCGAAGCCGAGCUACCUACAUUGGAAGAGACCGUCUAUUGCGAGUCUGAUCAGCUGAGCUAUGCCUUUACAGAAGGUUUUCAGUGGCAUCCGACCAUUUUCGUGAAGCAGAAUCACUUCUCUCAGCCGGAGCUUCCCCGCUUCCUCCAGCAGUCGUAUGAUGACUGUAGAGAACCCCCGCGCUUCUUUCUCUUGGACAAUUUUGACGUUGCCGGAGCGGGAGCUACGCUGAGGAGAUAUACGGACCCUUCCUUCUUCCGAAUUAAAUGGGCGAAUUCGGAGCUUUUAAAGGCGGAGAGGCUCCAGACUGGGCGGCGCGUCAGAGAAAGAGGGAAAAAACGUGAAACUAGUGGUGUUCAUGAUACCCGACAAAGUAUCACCCCGGAAGCUAAGCUCAGUUUCAUAGAAGCCUCAAAGUUCAUCCACAGUGUGGAUGCAUUCUUGGACCCGUAUCUUGCUGAUGAUACCGACACGGAACUACGUGCGUUGAAAGUGGAAACGCUUCGCAUCAGCGCCAAGGAAAUAGAAGAAAACUCUCUGCUCCAGAAGAGGACGAGGCAUACGACGUCAGCGACCGACAGUGAUUUUGUCGACGGUGCAGAGCACUUCGUUGAUGCUCUCACGAGCAUAGAGCCGGAUGCAGAAAUAGAAAAUGAAAAGGCCAGGUGCAGUACGUCCAGCCGAACAUCCAGUGGGUCAAAUCAGGAAGCUGCUUUUCCAGUUAAACAGGAGGCCAGAGCGACGCCACCAAAAGACUUUAUCCAAGAGGAUCUGCCGCAGCGUAGUCCCUUCAAUGUUCAAGGAGCGACCGAGCUUUCUUUCUACUCCAGCACGUCACCUUCCGAGAUUUCAUCGCCAUCCGCGUCGCCAUCCCUGUCGGAUCUAUCUGAAGAGUCGUACUCGUCGCAGCAAAUAUUCAGUGUGCUGGACUCUCCUGUAGUGGGGAUUGGAAGAAACGCAACGAAGGAACGGGAGGUUUGGACCGUGCCCUUCAGGCCGAGCUCACCUUCGGAAGCAGCAAGUUUUCCCGAUGAGGCACCACCUCCUCCUCCGCUGCCUCCGAGCAAAUGGAGGGUUGCGAAGACGCUUGUUCCCGGGGAUGUUUCGUCAUCACCAGCGCCAGAAAAUUUGAAGGACCAAGGAGCUCCCGUUGGCCACCAGCACCAUGACAUACUAAUGGAUUCCAUUGUUUCUCAUGACAAGGAUACGCUGAGAAAGGUGACCAGUGAUCCUCGGGCGAAAUCGUUUGGCAGUCGUGAGGUCUUACUGGAGCAAAUACGCUCGAGGUCUUUCAAUCUAAAGCACGCUGCCCAGCAGGAGAAGGAGAAAACUGAGACUCCUUGCCCAGCAACGUCCAGCGUCAACGUCGCUACGAUCCUGGAGAAAGCUAGUGCAAUUCGCCAGGCGCUUCAGGGGAGUGACGACGAAGAGGACUUUAGCUAACAUUUCGCAUUUUAUUUCUCUUUUAAACUAAACCGCAUUAUGCGUUGCUGCCUUGGUGUUUCAGUUGAGCAGGAACUGUCUACGAAUUUGGUAACACCAACCUCUUAAAUUAUCUGAAAUUUGCGAUGACAGAUGGGAAGGCAAAUUUGCUCAAGGAAUCCAAGCUGGAAAGGCCCUUCCAGCGGAAGAAAGUGCUGCUCGCAUUGACACAGUAUGAAGACCCCGGCCUCUUGCUUCUAAUCUCAGGACAGGCAUUUGGAAGUUUGCUUGGUUCUCUCUUUCUCUCUCGCGCUUAGACUUGUGGAUUUGCAGUUGCGCAAGGUGUUGCUUGCACCAAAGGAGUGUUUCGCCGGAUUUAUCUCGAUUGCCCGACGUUCGUCAGCUACGAUCAGUGCCAGAACUGCUGCACAGCGACUGCUCGCUGCACUACAGGAACGUAAGCGUGGCUUGCAAGGGUCGAGGCAGCUGGUGCCCCCUGUUUUCCUUAACGGACACUCUUGUCAAGUGUGGCGGCGUGGUGAUUGUCGAUUGCUGCGAUAAUUGCUGCACGAUCAAGUACACGAACUGUGCUCUCCUGAACAAGAACAACCGGACCAUUGUGUGCAAAGGGAUUGGAUUCGAGUCUACAUAAUCAGCGCUCCCAAGCCGUUUGACAAGUGAUCGACCUUUUUGUCUGGCUUAAACUGAAAUUAAUCUAUGGUUUAUUCAUUUUUUGGA